CCUCUCAUUGAAAAAGACAAGUUUAAAUCAAGAGAAUGUGGAUAACAUUUUGACUAGUUGCCCAUCUUUAGAAUGGUUUAGUAUAAGCGAAUGCCCUUGUCCAUUUCGUUUGAAAUUAUCUAGUGGAUGUUGGUUUCUCAGGCUGAGACACUUGAGGAUAUUUGUUGCAAGCCUUUAGAAAAAGUUGAAAUUCAUGAUGGCAUAAGUAUUGCAUCAAUUGAGUACGACGCAAAGAUGUUUGGGCAGGUCUUGUUAAAGAAUAGUGCACAACUUGUUAGACUAUGUAUGACUUUGCAGUCUCAUUGUAGAACUAUGCAGUCUGAUCCUAGAACUCAAAUGACAUACGUCCUUGGCUCACUUGCAAAAGACUUUUCUAGUUGAGACUUUAUUAUUGUGCACUCCGUAUGUCCAGGUUGAUUUAAUAUCUAAGCACUUAACCACAUUUACUAGCUAGACUAAAGCAAUUGAAGCUAUUAGGUGUAAGAUUUAGAAAAAUCCUGCUGGACCUGACCUCUGCUUUUUUGGAGGCGGCUCCAUCAUUGUUGGAACUUGAGAUGGAUUUGAUGGACAUGGAAGAUGCGAAAAAUGGAUGCGGAAUGAUAUUUGUAGACUCAAAAGAGUCCAAGACAACCUCAUGGUUUAAGCGAUUUAUAGGGUGUCAGCGGAAGCCAGAGGUGACCUGGCCAUUUCCUUUUGUGGAGGGCGGACUGUUUAUCCUGACCCUGCGUGCUGGUGUUGAUGGGUACCAUAUCAAUGAUGGGGGUCGGCAUCUGACUUCAUUUCCGUAUAGGACAGAGUUUACUCUUGAAGAUGCAACAGGACUAGCAAUUAAAGGAGACGUGGAUGUUCAUUCAGUUUAUGCUACGUCUCUCCCUACUUCUCAUCCGAGUUUCUCACCUCAACGAGUAUUGGAAUUUUCAGACAAGUGGAAAACCCAUCCUACACCCAAGAGCAAGAUUCAGGUCUUUGUUGGAGUGCUAUCUGCUACUAAUCACUUUGCUGAACGCAUGGCUGUUAGAAAAACUUGGAUGCAAGCUACUGCUAUCAAGUCUUCAAAUGUAGUAGUUCCAUUCUUUGUUGCAUUGAAUCCAAGGAAGGAGGUGAAUGCAGUGCUGAAAAAGGAGGCGGCUUACUUUGGUGAUAUUGUGAUUUUGCCCUUUAUGGAUUGCUAUGAGCUUGUUGUUCUCAAAACUUUUGCUAUCUGUGAGUUUGGGGUUCAGAAUGUGACCACUGCAUACAUAAUGAAAUGUGAUGAUGACAUGUUCGUUACAGUGGACACCGUCCUGAAAGAAAUUGAGGGUAUCUCUCCUAAUAGGUCCCUUUAUAUGGGCAAUCUCAAUCUCUUGCAUCGCCCUCUCCGAAGUGGAAAAUGGGCAGUCACAUAUGAGAAGAAGUAUAUCCUCAUUAUGCCAAUGGGCCUGGAUAUAUAAUUUCCAGUGAUAUUGCUAAAUAUGUUGUCUCUCAACAUGGCAAUCGAAGCCUCAGGCUCUUCAAGAUGGAGGAUGUAAGCAUGAGAAUGUGGGUCGAGCAAUUUAACGGUUCCAUGGCGGCCGUCCAGUACUCCCACAACUGGAAAUUUUGUCAGCAUGGGUGCAUGGAAAACUAUUUCACUGCACAUUAUCAAUCCCCAAGGCAGAUGAUCUGUCUUUGGGACAAAUUGGCGAGGGGUCGGGCUCAUUGCUACAACUUUAGAUGACAAUGAGCUGCUCGUAAAAUUAGAUUGAGCUCAACUUCCUCCUCUCUUCCCCCACCCCCACUUUGUAUUUUUCACCCAUCUUGGGUGCUGAUUUUUUGUCCAUUUAGGUUUGUGGAUCAAAAUAUGGACUCAUGGAUGAAUUGUGAGAAUCAGUUUGCAAUGACUUUACCAAAGCAUGAUGUGUUAUAUAUUUACAUGGUCUCAAUAUAUUCAU